CGGGCGUAACAUUAUAAAAGGCCGGGUCAAGGUGCUCUUUGUGCCGUGAUUCGUGGUGGAGUUGUUUUUGUUUCGUUGAAGACGUGCUGCGGGCGGAGGACAAAAAAAAUACCUCUGGCACACACAAGGCAGCACAACCCCCACCCCGAUCUCCGCCGUUUCAUGUGAGCCCCUCAGGCGCUGAAAGCCGCAGUAUGUUUCAAUGUAAUAGGCUUAAGGCCUGGGGAGGCCUGCACCCAGUGAUGCUGUUGCUGCGGUGAAGCGAAUCUAAAACGUUUCCUUGAGGCUGGGAAGCUCAUGGUCAAAUCGCUGUGAUGGCUUCGAAUGAACAUAAUCCUGCUAUCGAGCAUCCUUCGAGCUUACUGGGAAAGCUGUCCCUGCCCAUUGGGAUGCACCGUAGGGCAUUCAGUUAUGAUGACGCCUUAGAAGAUAUAGCGCCAGUGACACCCCCUCCCCCUGAUAUGGGAAGCAAUAUACUGUGGAAACAGCCUGUUAUUCCAGAGCGAAAAUAUCAACAAUUAGCAAUGGUGGAAGAUGGAGAAAAUGUUUCAUCUUCAAUCACCGCUCCAUCAGCUGAAAGCCAGAGCAAAGUCAAUGUGGUGAAAGCCAAAGCAACUUCUGUCAUCAUGAACUCCCUUAUGACAAAGCAGACACAGGAAAGCAUACAGCGAUUUGAGAAGCAGGCUGGUCUGACAGACGCUGGUUACCAACCACACAAGGGCCUUGUUGCAGAAGAAGCCAGCUAUCACCGUGUUGGGGAAGCUUUACAGAAAUUCAAAAUACAGAAUGUGGAAUCAAAAAAAGAAGAGCAGCAGAUAUCCACUUCAGCUCAGUCAACACCCACUGGGACUCCACAGGCCUCUCCAAUGCCAAAUCGCAGAUAUUUGUUUGGCCAAGGAGCGACGACUUCUGAUUUGAGCAGUAGGAGUCUGGAUGGAGAUUCUUCUAUAUUUGCCAGUGACUCCACUGCAGCUGAAAAAUGGAGACCUUUCAUGCUUACGCAGAAUUUCAGAACAAAUGAAUCAGGUGCCUUUGCUAUUCAAAGUUACAAAGGCUUGCAAAAACCUUCCCCUAUGGACAUCAUGCGCACUCAGGGCACUGCUACUCAGAUAGCAGAAGAUCAUGCAAAUUUAAAACCCCCCAAUAUGGAAAUACCUGUGCCUGAAGGACAGAAAAAGCAGUCUGUGCGUACCCAUGUUGUGAAGCCCAGAGAUGUGAACGUCUUUGCUCCUAUAGGCUUUUAAUACAUUGUACCAUUUUUUCUUUAGCGUUGGCUGUUUGAGAACCUUUAACUUCCUCCUUAUCCAUGAGAUCUUUAUCCUGUCUCACUACCCUUAUUCUUAAGAUUUUACUUUUAAAAUGAGGGAAGAAAUUAGCAGAGAAGGAAGAGAAGUUUGAGUUCUGUUGUAGAAUCAGAGCCUGUUUGGAAUACUUAAAAUUUGCAAUGCUCAUUUGCACCAAAAAAGCUUGGGUUGCGACAUUUCUGUAGCCUUUACCAUCUUUACUGCCCCACAGCAAAAAAAAACACUUGCAGCCAAGUUGGGGAAAAAGCCUUGGUGUUGUGAUGUGUGCUGAGGUUUCUGGUUAAGAUCCGUGUGCUGAGGUUUCUGGUUAAGAUCCACACUCUCUCGCAAGCUUGGUUUUGUAUGCAAAAACACGGUGCUGGAAAAACUCAGCAAGGCUGCCAGCAUCUGAAGAGAAAUCGGACUUAAUGUUUUUUGGCUCUGGAGACCCUCCUUCACUUUGUUUUUGUUGCUGAUUUACUGCAUUCACCAUUCUAUUGGUAUUGAUUUCAUAUAGCCUUGUUGUAGAGAUGUGACUAACAAAGUGUUAGGGAAUGUACUCCUGUUCCUGAGGUCAGGAGAAACAUUGAGAGAGCACAUAAUACUAAAGAGCCACGUGUAUACCUCUAUUUAUGGAAUUGUACCAUAGUUAAAUAAACUCAUGUACCUAAUUCUGUGACUAUAUUUCAGGCUUCUCUUUUUUCAAUUUGGCAUAUGUUGUGAACCAUUUUGUAAUGGAGACUAAACAGAUUUGCUGACCAAAGGUGUAUUAUGGUCAGCCUUUAUAAUUUAAUGCAUUUUUAAAAGACAUUAAGAAUGAAUAACUUUAUACAAAUCAGGCAGAAACUGUAAAUUGCAAAUCUAGUUUUUUAAAUAACUGGUACAAAUUGACUUGAUUUUCCUUUUGUAUCCAGAUGUGUUGCUAAAGGUUUUUGUAAUAUUGUGCAUUUGAUUUGUUCAUUUUUUUUUUUCAAGAGACGAUUGAUGUGUUCCUUUCUCAUGGGUUGGUUUUUAAAUUGCCGUUUGAAGUCUUGACAUUUCUCCAUCGAUACCAAGAAAACUUUGUAACUGCUUUUGAAACUGCCAUAAAAGGUCACAUUUUUAUUAUUUA